GAUCUCCAGAGGUUCCCUAACAUUUCUGUGACUCUACAGGCAGCUCAAAGCAGCCUCAAAGCCAAAAGACCUGGUUCUUGUGGGGGGGGGGGUUUAACUACCCUGAGAGCUGCUGGAGAAACAACGCAGCAAAGCACAGACAGUCCGGGAGGUUCCCUGAAAGCUUUGAUGACCAUUUCUUGACAUAGGCUUCCGAGCACUGGCCUUUCGGGAACGCAGUGUCAGUCCAGGAACAGGUUUUUCUACAGCUGGCAGAGAUACCUCUGGAGACUGGAAGAGAAGUUAUCAGCUAUACCAACACAUCGUGCUCAGAAGCCAGACACACAUCCUGCAUCUUCUGAAGCUCUUCUGCAAUCUCCUUACUGGAAGUGGUGACACGCAGCUGGAGCCAUGUCCAACAGCAUGGAGAGGCGGGUGAUGAAAGCCCUGGGACUGUGUGAUUUUUUCACCAUGUUCGGGAAAAAGAAGAAAAGACUUGAAAUUUCUGGGCCCUCUAACUUCGAGCACCGGGUCCACACUGGCUUUGACCACCGGGAGCAGAAGUUCACGGGACUACCUCAGCAGUGGCACAGUUUGCUGGCGGACACGGCCAACCGGCCGAAGCCUAUGGUGGAUCCAUCAUGCAUCACUCCCAUCCAGCUGGCUCCUAUGAAGACUAUUGUUCGAGGAAAUAAGCCUCGAAAGGAUACUUCAAUCAACGGCCUGCUGGAAGAGUUUGACAAUAUCUCAGUGACACGGUCCAAUUCCCUGCGGAAGGAAAGUCCUCCCACCCACCACCACCAAGGAAAUGCAAACCACGUGCCAAGGCACCAGGAGGAAAAUGGUUACAUCACGUAUUCCCAGUACUCCAGUGAGUCAGACACUACAACAGACUAUGUCGUGGAAAAAUAUCGAGACAAGACUGUUUAUGGGGAAGAGUUAGAGCGGUACUACAAAGGCAGCUACGCCGCCAAGCAGAACGGGCACAUGAUGAAGGUGACGUCCCGGGACAUCUAUUACUCGGAAGUGACACCCCUGCAGUCAGACCUCUCCAGGUUCCUCCCAGAUUACCAUGCACACCUGGACACCAAGCCCAAACCGCUGGAAUACGGCGGCCUAAAGCUGGAGUACCAGCGGAUCCCCAGCGGAUCCUCCCUGGACUAUAGAGAUCCCUUUCCUUACACCCCAUCCCGAGCGUCAGUGCAGAGCGAGUGCCCCAAGGAGAGGCUGGAGUACGGUGACAGCGACUGGGGACACGGCCUGGGCAAGGAUGACUACGACAAGAGGCCCAAGUCAUCCUAUGUGGAUCCAGCGAGCCCUCAGCCAACCAUGAGGCAGAGGUCCAGGUCAGGCUCUGGUCUGCAGGAGCCGGCCAUGCCCUUUGGAGCGAGCGCGUUCAAAGCACACCAGCAAGGACAUUCCUACAGCUCCUACACCUACCCCCGCCUGUCCGAAACCGCAGCAGGCAUCCCCAAGGUGGAUUAUGAUCGAGCGCAGCUGGUCGUCAGCCCGCCGCUCUCUGGGUCAGACACCUACCCCCGGGGCCCAGUAAAGCUACCUCAAAGUCAGAGCAAAGUCAGCUAUUCAAGCAGCAGCUACCAGUACCCUUUGGUCUACCACAAAGCACCCCACUAUCACCAGCCAUCUCUCCAGCCCGGCUCUCCCUAUAUUUCCACCGCCUCCUAUCCCAGCUCCCCAAGUAUCACGUCAAGUGCUUACCCUCCACCCAGCUGGGGCUCCUCCUCAGACCAGCAGCCCUCCAGGGUGUCCCACGAACAGUUCAGAGCUGCCCUGCAGCUCGUGGUCAGUCCCGGGGACCCCCGGGAGUACUUGGACAACUUCAUCAAGAUCGGGGAGGGCUCCACGGGGAUCGUCUGCAUCGCCACCGAGAAGCACACGGGAAAGCAGGUGGCCGUGAAGAAGAUGGAUCUCAGGAAACAGCAGAGGAGGGAGCUGCUCUUCAAUGAGGUGGUGAUCAUGAGGGAUUACCACCACGAGAACGUGGUCGACAUGUACAACAGUUACCUCGUGGGAGACGAGCUCUGGGUGGUGAUGGAGUUCCUGGAGGGCGGCGCUUUGACCGACAUCGUCACUCACACCAGGAUGAAUGAGGAGCAGAUCGCGACCGUCUGUCUGUCUGUCCUGAGAGCCCUGUCCUACCUGCACAACCAGGGCGUCAUCCACCGCGACAUCAAGAGCGACUCCAUCCUCCUCACCAGCGACGGCAGGAUAAAAUUGUCCGACUUUGGGUUCUGUGCCCAAGUGUCCAAGGAGGUUCCCAGGAGGAAGUCGCUAGUUGGGACACCCUAUUGGAUGGCUCCGGAGGUGAUAUCCCGCCUGCCCUACGGCACCGAGGUGGAUAUCUGGUCCCUGGGCAUCAUGGUGAUAGAGAUGAUCGAUGGGGAACCUCCGUACUUCAACGAGCCGCCGCUGCAGGCCAUGCGCCGGAUCCGGGACAACCUCCCGCCCCGGGUGAAGGACAUGCACAAGGUCUCCUCAGUGCUCCGGGGCUUCUUGGACUCGAUGUUGGUGCGGGAGCCCUCGCAGAGAGCCACGGCACAGGAACUGCUGAGACACCCCUUCCUCAAACUGGCUGGGCCCCCUUCUUGCAUUGUGCCCCUCAUGAGGCAACACAGGCAUCGCUGAAGCCGGCAGCUUUUUGGGAAAAGGUCAGUGCAGAGUCUGGAUAACGGCCAUGUGGGAAUGCCAGCAGCUGUGUGGGAACUGCAGGCAGGGAGGAGUAAAACCUUGUGAAGGAAAACCAGCCCUGCUGAAAUAAUGCAGUGUAUAAAAAAACCAAGGAAGUGCUCUCUAUGCUCCCUGUGUGUGAGGGGCAGGGGAGUGAUCCUGGUCCCAGCUGGGAGGCCACGCUCCACCAUAGACCAUCGCUCCCCAGCGCUGCUGUGUUCCCACCAUCCAGGGAGAAGGCACCAAAUGCACAGGUUGGAAAGGUAACGAGGAGAGCACAGCCAGAGCGAAACACCGGAAUUUCACUGCAGGCUACGCCACUUCUGUUUCAGAAGAACACUUUUCUGACGAAACAAAGCACUUUUUAUCUCGGUCAUAGCAGCGCAAUGUAUUUUGCAACGAGUUUGUAAUUUUCUGUACAGUCCGUUUUGAUAAUUUGCAGUACUUUGUCAUGUAACUGUUGUGUUAGUUGAAGUAAUAAGUGUUACCUUAGCGAGAAUUUGAGAAGAUUAAAGUUUCCUACUUUUUUAACCCUUUUGAAAACAGGAAAAAGAAAAAACAAAAGCCCACAACCACCUUUACGAAGUUGUAAGGUUUUGCAGAUUUCCCAUGGGGUGAGGAGAGCGCUCAUCCCACCCUCUCGGCAGCCUGAAGAGCCAAGGAUAAGUGAUGUUUGUGGGCGCUCUGGCAGCCUGGCUUUGGGCACUCGCCCUCCCCGUGACACAGUGGCAGAGCUGCUGCUGAAUGUGAGUGGUCACCUGGGUUUCCCUCCCCUUUUCCCAGGGUAGGAGCCAACGCAUCCGGCCUGCCUUUGCUCCAGGGUCAGCCCAGGCCAGGGCCAGCCCUUUUUUUAUGCCACCACCGGGCCAGUUUUGCCACCACAAAAGCCUCUGUUGUUUCUGUUGAGCUCUGGCAGUGGGAGGGGAUCACCCAGUGGGAUCCCCGGAGCUCCAGCAGACCUGUGGGAUGUGCUGCCAGAUGUUUGCCAGAGAGGAGAAGUUGUGCUGCUGUCCAGACCUUUCUGAAUGUUGAUGCAACAGUUGACUACUACGGUACAAUUUUGUGUUAUUUGUUGGAUGACUUUGCAUGUUAUCUGUAGGCCUAAAUAGAUUUGCCUUUAAAAUUUUUAGAAGUGCUUCAUAAUUAUUUCAAUGAUAAAUGAUUUUUAUUUAUUAAUGAUUAGAUCUUUUUAAUUAUGUAUGAUACAAAAGCCAUGUUUUUCAAGUUUGGUUGUUUUUUUUUUUUUCUUACUGACCUCAUUUUACAGUAUCUUUAAGGAACCACAAAGCCAACUUUGUGAAAAAGCAGUUUCUUUCUUAUGAUGGAGUUUCAUAGUUGAUAAAUUAAUUGUUAUUUAUUGUAGUAAAUUAUAACCAAACAUCUAAACCUGGCAGGAGCUGUUGCUUAAAGAUCUUCCUCUGGGAGAAAAGAGUUGCCAAUAAUAAAAAAGCUCCUUUAGUUCUGCCCUUAAAAGAAUAUUUGAAGGGAGAGAAGCAAUUUAAACAAAAAAAAAAAAAAGGGAGAUAAAUAUGAACUGGAACAUUGAAUAGAUGUUCUCACAUCUGUGUGUCUUACUCCCCUCCCCUCUGCUUUCUCUUCUUAACCCUGUUUGCACAUUUUAAGAGGGCACUACAGAAAAUGUGUUUGGCUCCCGCCGCCCCGCCGCAGACACGCUCCCGGUGCCCACCCGGCCGAGAGCAGCACCCACAGCCUUCCAGGGGGUCUGUUUUGUAGUCUUGACAACUCAGGAAAACCGGCUGCACCAGUCCAGGCAAUGGCAUACAGGCACAACUGUAGUAACUAGCCACAAAAGUUAAACUUUUUUAACCAUCUUUGAAUAAAAAAAAAAUUUAAAAAAAAAAAGGGGUUGGUGGGGGGUUUUUUUUCUUCAAUAUUCAGCACAUUUUAGGCUGUGCAAGUGAAGAAUUUUCUGCAACUUUCUUAUCAUUAGAUACUUUAAACAGUGUUCAUCAAGUUUACUGAAAGUUUUGUCGAUUUCAAAGGGUUUUUUUUUUGUGAACACCAGCUACUGGUGAGACAAAUGCACAUGCAAGUUAAAUAAAUUAAUUAAUAAACA